AUGCCAUCCAGAAACUUCCAGAGCUGGCAGAUAAGAACUGAAGAUCGACAGCAGGCCUAUCCGGCCUUCCAUGAGGGUGGACGAUUCCACAGGCGUGGACGAUUCCACAGGGUGGACGAUUCCACAGGCGUGGACGAUUCCACAGGGUGGACGAUUCCACAGGGGUGGACGAUUCCACAGGGGUGGACGAUUCCACAGGGUGGACGAUUCCACAGGGGUGGAACGAUUCCACAGGGUGGACCAUUCCACAGGGUGGACCAUUCCACAGGGUGGACGAUUGCACAGGGGUGGAACGAUUCCACAGGGUGGACCAUUCCACAGGGUGGACCAUUCCACAGGGUGGACCAUUCCACAGGGGUGGAACGAUUCCACAGGGUGGACCAUUCCACAGGGGUGGAACGAUUCCACAGGGUGGACCAUUCCACAGGGUGGACCAUUCCACAGGGUGGACGAUUCCACAGGGGUGGACGAUUCCACAGGGGUGGAACGAUUCCACAGGGGUGGACGAUUCCACAGGGGUGGAACGAUUCCACAGGGGUGGACGAUUCCACAGGGGUGGACGAUUCCACAGGGGUGGAACGAUUCCACAGGGGUGGAACGAUUCCACAGGGUGGACGAUUCCACAGGGGUGGACGAUUCCACAGGGGUGGACGAUUCCACAGGGGUGGAACGAUUCCACAGGGUGGACGAUUCCACAGGGGUGGACGAUUCCACAGGGGUGGACGAUUCCACAGGGGUGGACGAUUCCACAGGGGUGGAACGAUUCCACAGGGUGGACCAUUCCACAGGGUGGACGAUUCCACAGGGGUGGACGAUUCCACAGGGGUGGACGAUUCCACAGGGGUGGACGAUUCCACAGGGUGGGGUGGACGAUUCCACAGGGUGGACGAUUCCACAGGGGUGGAACGAUUCCACAGGGUGGACCAUUCCACAGGGUGGACCAUUCCACAGGGUGGACGAUUCCACAGGGGUGGACGAUUCCACAGGGGUGGAACGAUUCCACAGGGGUGGAACGAUUCCACAGGGUGGACCAUUCCACAGGGUGGACCAUUCCACAGGGUGGACGAUUCCACAGGGUGGACGAUUCCACAGGGUGGACCAUUCCACAGGGUGGACGAUUCCACAGGGGUGGACGAUUCCACAGGGGUGGACGAUUCCACAGGGUGGACCAUUCCACAGGGUGGACCAUUCCACAGGGUGGACGAUUCCACAGGGGGGGACGAUUCCACAGGGGUGGACGAUUCCACAGGGGUGGACGAUUCCACAGGGUGGACCAUUCCACAGGGUGGACCAUUCCACAGGGUGGACGAUUCCACAGGGGGGGACGAUUCCACAGGGGAUGGACAAUCAAGAACCAUCAGGCAGUUCCACUUCAUGGACUGGCCAGAACAGGGAGCCUUCCAAACAUCAGAGGGCUUCAUCGACUUCAUCGGACAGGUCCAGAAGACCAAAGUGCAGUUUGGACAAGAUGGACCAAUCACUGUGCAUUGCAGUGCUGGAGUGGGACGUACGGGCGUGUUCAUAGCUCUGAGUGUGAUCUUGGAGCGGCUGAAGUACGAGGAGAAGGUGGAUGUGUUCCAGACGGUCAGACUGCUCCGCACCCAAAGACCUGCCAUGGUUCAAACUGAGGAGCAGUACCAGUUUUGUUACCGUGCAGUGUUAGACUACGUGGGCACCUUUGAUCACUUGGAUCCACCAAGAACAUGA